GUGAGCCGCUCAGCCCCAGAACCUGCGCCAGCCCCCGACUUGGCUCUCCUCUCAGCAGGUGGGUCAGGAGGGUCUGUGCAAGUUUGUCAGACAGGCAGCGGUGGGACCUGACUGCAGGGCACCUGAGGGGCGACGGAACCCGCCCGGCAACAGCAGCCACUCAGCUGAGCAAGACUUUGGGGUGGAUUUGUUGCUAGGGGUUCAGAGACCCAUCUGUGAAGGGCACGGAGCUAGGAGGCACCAAGAGGCUCUCGGAUGUGGUGAGCGCUGUCUGGGUCAGAGGACGCUGACACGCCCUUGCUGGGCACGGAGACCCCCCACCUGCGUUCCCACAGGCGUGGAGCAUCGGACCCACUCCUCCAAUCAACCGGGACUCUUACAGCUGGGGAAGACCCGACUGAGGGAGGGGACAGAUGGCUUCCACUGGCCUUGAACUCCUGGGCAUGACCCUGGCCGUGCUGGGCUGGCUGGGGACCCUGGUGUCCUGCGCCCUGCCCCUGUGGAAGGUGACUGCCUUCAUCGGCAACAGCAUCGUGGUGGCCCAGGUGGUGUGGGAAGGGCUGUGGAUGUCCUGCGUGGUGCAGAGCACGGGCCAGAUGCAGUGCAAGGUAUACGACUCGCUGCUGGCGCUGCCGCAGGACCUGCAGGCUGCCCGGGCCCUCUGCGUCAUCGCCCUCCUGCUGGCCCUGCUCGGGGUGCUGGUGGCCAUCACGGGCGCCCAGUGCACCACCUGCGUGGAGGACGAAGGCGCCAAGGCCCGCAUCGUGCUCACCGGGGGAGUCCUCCUCCUCCUGGCUGGCAUCCUGGUGCUCGUCCCGGUGUGCUGGACGGCCCACGCCAUCAUCCAGGACUUCUACAACCCCAUGGUGGCCGAGGCCCUCAAGCGGGAGCUGGGAGCCUCCCUCUAUCUGGGCUGGGCCGCGUCCGCCCUGCUUCUGCUGGGAGGGGGGCUAUUGUGUUGCACAUGCCCCCCGCCCCAGAUCGAGCGGCCCCGGGGACCAAGGCUGGGCUACUCUAUCCCCUCCCGCUCAGGGGCAUCUGGGCUGGACAAGAGAGACUAUGUGUGAGGCCAAUGUCCCAGGAAGCCUGCUGCUGGAAACCUUGACCUUUGUGCUGGCUGCCCUGCUCUCAAACUUGCCUUCCACUCUCAUCCCUCUGCCAGGUGGAACACACUUUCCAGAGGCAGGAGCAGGCCUGGCUGUAGAGCUAGUCUCAGCACCCAGCCCGAGUGAGCCUAGACCCACCUCCAACCCGGCAGGUGCUCCUGCUUCUUUCUUCUGUCCUGGAUUCAGGCUGGUCCUCCUCUUGCUCCCAGAACCUGGGCUUCACCCAAAGAGCUGUAGCUCCUUAUAAGGCAUCUGGCCUGGAGUUGGCCCCCUCCGCCUGGCCACUACUGGCAUCCAGAGCAGCCGCUGUCCUCCAGGCCCAGAGACUCUGCCCAUCACCUUCCCCCCUCACCCCUCCUUCAAGUAGGG